UUUAAGAAUAAUUGAUAUGAAAGGCACCAUGGAGGUCUUGUAGUCCCAUCCCCACCCCCCCCUGCUCAAGCAGAGGAUCCCAUACAAUUUCAGAUAGAUGGCUGCCCGGUCUCAAAUCUCCAGUGAUUUAGUACCCACAAUUUCUGGAGGCAAGCUAUUCCACUAAUCAAUGAUUCUGUCAGGAAAUGUUCCUUUAGUUCUAGGUUGCUUCUCUCCUUGAUUAGUUUUGCAUCCAUUUCUGCUUGUUCUGCUUUCAGAUGCUUUGGAAAAUAAGAUCUAAAAUGUGCUUCUUGUUCAUCAUAUAUUACUGUACAAACCUUGGCAAAAUAGCCAACAGAACUGGUUACCGGCAGGGUAAGGGGACCUAAAUCCCUUUCUGGUAGAUUACAUGAAUGCUGGUAAUGCUAGAGCAACUGCUGGUUAUACAUGAUGACAGUGUUAUACUAGAACUUUUUAAAACAAGGUCAGCCUGAAAAAAAUGAGAAAAAAGUAUGAUAGAUAAAAUAUUAGCUGUUUACAUAUGACACUCCUUCCCCAGCAAGGUUACAUCACAAUUCAUUUCCCACAUUCAACCCUUCAAUUCCAGAUAUCAAGCCAUUUUUACCAAUUUCAGUAAAUAUCCAUAAAGGUAUCAGAAGACAUAAAGUUGUAUCCAUGAUCAAAAGAUCAAUUUUUUUUUGCUAGUUGUCUUCAUAGUCCAAUUCUCGUGUGGAUAGUUCUGUUUUUCCAUCUUUCUACAAAAAGUAGCUUUGUUGCAAAUACCAUGUAUAAAUCCAAUCUUACACGUUUUUUCUAAUUGGCUAUAACACCUAGUAGAAAAAAAUACGGUUUCAUUCAACUUUUAAUUUGUAAAAUUCUUUGCAUUGUUUGUUUUUGUUUGUUUUGCUUUUUCACAAAUCCAACAUGUCAAGCAAGUCCUUUCAUCCAUUCCAGUUUUCUGGCAGUUAAAAUUUGUAAUGGUUAAACCAACCCAAUCCCUGACCAGAAAUCAAAUCUAUAUUAACUUUCACUGUUAACAUAUUUCAUCAAGGUCCUAAUGAGGACUGUUCCUACAUGGCUUCAUUGCUAGAUGGCAGAAAUUUGCAACUCCUUAAAUUACUUCUUGGAGUCUUCCAGUAAACCUGCUCAAAGUGAUACUUUAACUGUGAUACUUUUACUUAACUGAGGGUUAAGUAAAACAGAAUAAAACAUUACAAAAUCAGUAUUGUCUUACUAAAAUGGCUGCGGUGCAAAUAUAGUACUGAAAUUAUUAUGCCUCUUGACCAGAAAGCUAAAGAGUUUGUUUCAGUUUAAGAAUAUACAAUAUGUAUUACAUUUCUAUUGUAAACCCUUAGUCAAGAGGUUAUGGGAAAUAUUCAGAAGGCAUAAUUCCUUGCACUGAUCCAUGCUUCAUAUUUUUAUUAGUAUUUUUCAAACGGUUUUGUUACAAAAUACUGAUAUUCUUAUGAGGGUAACCUCAUACUGAUAAGGGUGAUGUCAUAAUAGAGAAUAUUCCAUAGCACAUGCUGUUAUAGCAACAACUAUAACAGCAUGGAAUGAUUGUCUUGAUGUUACAUACCAUGUUUGCGUUUAGAUGAGAUUGUCUUGCAAGUUAAAUACAUUGGCUUGCAUUUGGAGUGUAAGUAAAGUUAACUGAAAGAUUUCAACUCUAAUGGAUUUUACCAAGUUUCCAGACUGUAUGGAGGGACUCGGAGACAGAUUCAUGACAUGUACAGAGGAAUCUAGGACAAGACCAAACUAUGAAGCCAACUUUAAGGAUAUGCUACAUAAGCCUCCAGAUGGACUCCAAGAAAAAACAGGUCAAGUGGCACAUGAAGUAGGUCAACAGUGGAAGAGAAGAAACUGCACCAAAGGAGCAUUCAAUGUCAUUGCCACAACUGGAUCCAUGAAACUGCGGAAAAAAAGGACAAACCUGACCCAUAAGCUUUCAGAUUCUGGUGGCAGAUUCUGGGAAGAAUUUUCAAUUCAUCUUGAUCAUACCACAAGUUUUUCUAAGUACUCCAGGUAUCAACAUGCUAAUGUUUCCGUCACUGAUCUGAUAGAGGAAUUGAAAAUAGAGGACCAAAAUUCCCUGUCUGCACUUCCUGCAGCUUGGCUUCCUUCAACAGAAAGUCCCAACGACAUUGAUAUGGAACCCACCAGUGAUCUCCAAACUGCAAAUGAAAUGCUGAAUCUGCCUCAAAGAUAUUCAAGGACUGCAGAACCUUCCACAGAUUUGGGAGCUUUUAUUGAUGCAGCAGGACUGAUACCUGAUCACUCUUUGCUCAUGGAUGUUGAGUUUUCAGAAUCUGCAGGACUGUCAUCAAAUCCUACAGUGGCUCCUUUGCCCCUGCUAGCAGGAUCUGAUGGUGACAUUAUGAUGCAUGAUGAAACAAUGAUCAGGAAGUCAAAAGGGAUGCCAAUUCUAGAACGAGUUGGGGAAACCCUACGGCAAAAAAAACUGCGGGCCACCCAGGCUUGAGGUAGAAAAUGGGUAUUUGUUAAUAUUACAUGUAAUAGAAGAACAGUGACAAUACCUGGUGGGUAGUGCAAUAGAAGAAAGAAAAUAUUUUUCCAAAUUUGCUCCUUUCUUUUCUUCUUGCUUACAUAUCUUCUCUAUGUCCUUUUGUAAAUAGAAAACUUGUCCAUUUUUUUGUGUGUUCCAUAGCAGAUAUGUAGCUGGCCAGAUCCCUACAUUUCCUUCAGUCCCCAUCCAAGUUUUUCGGGAUGACAGAAAAUAGAGAGCAGCCCUCCUUCCCAAUUCCUUGGCUGCCCUACCCUAAGACUUUUGAACAAGCUACAGACUGUUCCAACUGUCUUCUUGGAUAAUAAUUCUGGAGAUGAUAGGAGUUUCAGUCCCACAUAAGAGCAGAAGGCUGAGGACUGUUGAAAAAAAGACAUUCAGCCACAUAGACCAAUAAAUUGACUUAGCAAGGUGGCAACUGUUAUUAGAACCCAUUUUUUCCAAACAAUAUAGAAGAAAAAAACACCCCCAGUGUUAGCCACUUGCAUCCUCAGAGGGAAAGCUUAUGUGUAACAAAAAUGUGCACAUUUUCUUUUUUAACCCAUAGUCCCUCUGCGCAAGGUUAUCCAAGGUUUCAGACUUACUGUGUGAUGCAAACUCAAAAUGAUGCAUUUUUGGAUUCUUUAACCAUACUUCUGAUAGCAAACUUUGGGUCACAUGUUAUGUUAUGCUAAACAUGCUAUGUACAUUCUCCAUACAUCCUGUAUUUAGUUGCCUUUUUCUAUGAUUUUUCUUACUGAGUGCAGUUUUACUAUUAGGAAGCACCAAAGUUCUGCAUAUUCUUAAUACGUUUAAUUUUGUGGCAAUGGAAUAAUACUGAACAUGGCUUAUUGUCUCACUUUCCAUUUUUGCAGUGAUGUUGAAAUGAAUCACAUUGCUCCUUUGGAGUCUUUUCUACUGUCUGUGAAUGCUUAACUCUGAUGAGCAUAAAUGGAUUUUCACAGCUUCACAAAUAAAUGUGUUUUAAAAUAACUCCAGUGAAAUAAAACAAAA